AUGUUUUUUGCUAUUACUUCUCUUGGAAUCUCCAGGCUUCCAGUUGGACCAUACAUCCCAAUAAUGAAUACACAUAAGAGAAUAAUAAUGCCUAUUGAAUGGGUCGAAUAUCCAUACUCCCAGGAAGUUGAAAACGGCUGGUUGAAGAAGCUCAAGAGGCACCUUGGUGGAGGCGUCAUCAUGUAUGGCAUUCCAUUCCAAGAAGCCGAAGAAAAUAAGAAAUGGCCAGUACUCCCCCGUAAAAUUAGACCAAAUCCAAAAUUACCAGGACCAAUAUAUAUCAAGAAGGCCGAAAAGAAUGCAUUCAGACCAAUCCCAAUGCAUCCACCACCAUACUUCCAGGAAGAUGAAAAUGGCUGGUUCAAGAAGUUCAAGAGGUACCUUGGUGCAGGCGGUGUCAUGGUUGGCAUCCCAUUCCAAGAAGCCGAAGAAAAUAGGUGGCCAAGACCAACUAGACCAGAUCCAAUAUUCCCAGGACCAAUAUAUAUCCAGAAGGCCGAAAAGAAUGCAUUCAGACCAAUCCCAAUGCAUCCACCACCAUACUUCCAGGAAGAUGAAAACGGCUGGUUCAAGAAGCUCGCUAAACGCGUUGGUGUCGGCGCCGCUAUAAAGAUUCUACUCCAAGAAGCCGAAGAAAAUGGCCCAUUCGAACCAAUCCCAAUCCAUCCACCACCACACUUCCAGGAAGAUGAAAACGGCUGGCUCAAGAAGCUCGCUAAACGCGUUGGUGUCGGCGCCGCUAUAAAGAUUCUACUCCAAGAAGCCGAAGAAAAUGGCCCAUUCGAACCAAUCCCAAUCCAUCCACCACCACACUUCCAGGAAGAUGAAAACGGCUGGCUCAAGAAGCUCAAGAGGUACAUUGGUGGAGGCGCCAUCAUGUAUGGCAUCCCAUUCCAAGAAGCCGAAGAAAACAGCAUGUGGACAAAAUUCCGCGAUGGUGUUCUCAAGCCAGCCGUCAUCGAGGCUAUCCUACGCCAGGAACAAGAAGAAAACAGAAUUUGGGAUUUGGGUAGUUGUUUCCACAUAUAUCCCAAACAAAAGUAA